UUCUCUCUUAUUAGCUUUCCUUGAUUCUUUCAUUCAUUUCCUAGUAGUAACCAACCAACCAACCAACCCAAUGGCAGCUCUCUCCGGCACCAUGGUCAGCACCUCCUUCAUCCGCGGGCAGCCCAUGAGCAGCCUCCGGUCUGCUAAUCCCAAUGUGGGUCAGGCUCUUUUCGGCUUGAAGUCCAACAACCGCGGUGGGCGUGUUGCCAUGGCUGCGUACAAGGUCACUCUCAAGACCCCUGAAGGCGUCACCGAGUUCGAGUGCCCUGAUGAUGUCUACAUUCUCGACGCCGCCGAGGAGGCAGGUCUCGACCUCCCUUACUCCUGUCGCGCCGGUUCCUGCUCUUCCUGCGCCGGCAAGGUUGUUGAUGGCACCGUCGACCAGUCUGACCAGAGCUUUCUUGAUGAUGACCAGAUUGAUGGUGGCUUUGUCCUCACUUGUGUCGCCUAUCCUUCCUCUGAUGUUACUCUUGAAACCCACAAGGAGGAGGAGCUCACCGGUUAAUUACUACCUACUACCAUAUAUGUUUUCAUGUUGCUUAACUAGAAUUCUCUAAAUGAGUUUGCUUAUUGUUUUUCUUCUCUUGUUUCUAGUAUGAAAUCAUUGUACCCUUUGAAUUUGCUCUCGAUCUCUUGCACGUAAUCUCUCUCUCUCUCU